AUGAACCUUAGAGCAGAAGACAUGAUAGCUUUCAUGAACAUCGCCAGACAAGUUGCCCUUUUCCUGCUCAACUCAGAUCGUAUUCAGAAAGCCAUUGAGAUAUGCAACGAAUGUUUGACUUUGCUAAACAACACUAAUCAAAACAGCAAAGACCAAAUAGAAAAGACCUAUUCCGUUCUUUUCAGCGCUUAUCGACGUAGCUCUGACUACCUCAAUGCGGAAAGAUACGGAAGGAAACUGCUUGUCUUAUACAGCGAGUCUAGUGACUUAGUAAAAGAGGGAGAUGUAAGCAUGGCUCUUGCAGAGAUUUUUGAGAGUCAAAACAGGUUUACAGAUGCCAAAGAACUUUACGAAAAAGCAGUUAAUAUAAGGAGAAAAACUGAUGAUAAAAUGGGAGAAGCAAGUACGUGCGCAAGAUUCGGAACUAUGUAUCAUAAACUUGGCGAAAACCUAAAAGCGAAGGAGUAUGUUGAGAGAGCCCUCGCCAUAAGAAAAGAAAUUAACGACAGAAGAGGAGAGGCAUCAUGUUAUGAGGACCUAGGUAAUGUGUUUCGGUCUCUCAGGCAAUACGAGAAAGCUAAAGAGUUUCUCGAAAAAGCGCUUGUCGUCAAGUCAAAAAUUGGCGACAGAAGAGAAGAAGCAUCAUGUUAUGAAAGCCUAGGUGAUGUGUUUCUGUCUCUUGGGCAAUACGGUCAGGCUAAACAGUAUCUCCAGAAAGCGCUUGUCAUGAUAUCAGAAAUUGGCGACCAAAGAAGAGAAGCAUCAUGCUAUAAAAACCUAGGUAGUGUGUUUAGAUCUCUCGGGCAAUACGACAAGGCUAAAAGGGAUCUCCAAAAAGCGCUUGACAUCAGCACUAAAAUUGACGACAGAGGAGGAGAGGCGGCUAGCUACGGAGACCUAGGUACUGUGUUUCAUUCGCUCGGGCAAUACGACAAGGCUAAAAAGGAUCUCCAAACAGCGCUUGACAUCAGCACUAAAAUUGGCGACAGAGGAGGAGAGGCGGCAAGCUACGGAAACCUAGGUACUGUGUUUCAUUCGCUCGGGCAAUACGACAAGGCUAAGAAGUAUCUCCAAAAAGCGCUUGACAUUAGAACUGAAAUUGGCGACAGAGAAGGAGAGGCAAAAGCCUACGGAAGCCUAGGUACUGUGUUUCAUUCGCUCGGGCAAUACGACAAGGCUGAGGAGUAUCUCCAAAAAGCGCUUGACAUUAGAACUGUUAUUGGCGACAGAGGAGGAGAGGCGGCUAACUACAGAAACCUAGGUACUGUGUUUAUGUCCCUCGGACAAUACCACAAAGCUAAAGAGUAUCUCCAAAAAGCGUUAGUAAUCAGCACUGAAAUUGGCGACAGAAAGGGAGAAGCAUCAAGUUAUGGAAACCUAGGUAAUGUGUCUAAGUAUCUCGGGCACUACAAGGAGGCUAAAGACUACCUCCAAAAAGGGUUUCUCAUCAGAAUUGAAAUUGGUGACAGAAAAGGAGAGGCAUCUGACCAAAGAAACCUAGGUACUGUUCAUCAGUUGCUCGGAAAGUAUUACACAGCUAACAGGUAUCUUGAAAAAGCACUUUCCAUCAAAUCAAAAAUUGGUGACAAAAAAGGAGAAGCAUCAUGUUACGGAAACCUAGGUACUGUGUUUCAUUCACUCGGGCAAUACGACAAGGCUAAGGAGUAUCUUCAAAAAGCGCUUGACAUUAGAAUUGAAAUUGGCGACAGAAGAGGAGAGGCAGCUAGCUAUGCAAACCUAGGUACUGUGUUUCUUUCGCUCGGGCAAUACGACAAGGCUGAGGAGUAUCUCCAAAAAGCACUUGACAUUAGAACUGAAAUUGGCGACAAAGGAGGAGAGGCGGCUAGCUACAGAGACCUAGGUAAUGUGUUUCAUUCGUUCGGGCGAUACACCAGGGCUGAGGAGUAUCUCCAAAAAGCGCUUGACAUCAGCACUAAAAUUGGCGACAGAGGAGGAGAGGCGGCUAGCUGCGGAAACCUAGGUACUGUGUUUCGUUCGCUCGGGCAAUACGUCAAGGCUGAGGAGUAUCUCAAAGAAGCGCUUAUCAUAAGAACUGAAAUUGGCGACAGAGGAGGAGAGGCGGCUAGCUACGGAGACCUAGGUACUGUGCUUCAUUCGCUUGGGCAAUACGACAAGGCUGAGGAGUAUCUCCAAAAAGCACUUGAUAUUAGAACUGAAAUUGGCGACAAAGGAGGAGAGGCGGCUAGCUACGGAGACCUAGGUACUGUGUUUCAUUCGCUCGGGCAAUACGACAAGGCUGAGGAGUAUCUCCAAAAAGCACUUGACAUUAAAACUGAAAUUGGCGACAAAGGAGGAGAGGCGGCUAGCUACAGAGACCUAGGUAAUGUGUUUCAUUCGUUCGGGCGAUACACCAGGGCUGAGGAGUAUCUCCAAAAAGCGCUUGACAUCAGCACUAAAAUUGGCGACAGAGGAGGAGAGGCGGCUAGCUGCGGAAACCCUAGGUACUGUGUUUCGUUCGCUCGGGCAAUACGUCAAGGCUGAGGAGUAUCUCAAAGAAGCGCUUAUCAUAAGAACUGAAAUUGGCGACAGAGGAGGAGAGGCGGCUAGCUACGGAGACCUAGGUACUGUGCUUCAUUCGCUUGGGCAAUACGACAAGGCUGAGGAGUAUCUCCAAAAAGCACUUGAUAUUAGAACUGAAAUUGGCGACAAAGGAGGAGAGGCGGCUAGCUACGGAGACCUAGGUACUGUGUUUCAUUCGCUCGGGCAAUACGACAAGGCUAAGGAGUAUCUCCAAAAAGCGCUUCACAUCAGAACUGAAAUUGGCGACAAAGGAGGAGAGGCGGCUAGCUACGGAGACCUAGGUACUGUGUUUCAUUCGCUCGGGCAAUACGACAAGGCUAAGGAGUAUCUCCAAAAGCACUUGGCAUUAGAACUGAAAUUGGCGACAAAGGAGGAGAGGCGGCUAGCUACAGAGACCUAGGUAAUGUGUUUCAUUCGCUCGGGCGAUACGCCAAGGCUGAGGAGUAUCUCCAAAAAGCGCUUGACAUCAGCACUAAAAUUGGCGACAGAGGAGGAGAGGCGGCUAGCUGCGGAAACCUAGGUACUGUGUUUCGUUCGCUCGGGCAAUACGACAAGGCUGAGGAGUAUCUCCAAAAAGCGCUUGACAUCAGCACUAAAAUUGGCGACAGAGGAGGAGAGGCGGCUAGCUGCGGAAACCUAGGUACUGUGUUUCAUUCGCUUGGGCAAUACGACAAGGCUGAGGAGUAUCUCCAAAAAGCACUUGAUAUUAGAACUGAAAUUGGCGACAAAGGAGGAGAGGCGGCUAGCUACGGAGACCUAGGUACUGUGUUUCAUUCGCUCGGGCAAUACGACAAGGCUAAGGAGUAUCUCCAAAAAGCGCUUCACAUCAGAACUGAAAUUGGCGACAAAGGAGGAGAGGCGGCUAGCUACGGAGACCUAGGUACUGUGUUUCAUUCGCUCGGGCAAUACGACAAGGCUAAGGAGUAUCUCCAAAAAGCACUUGGCAUUAGAACUGAAAUUGGCGACAAAGGAGGAGAGGCGGCUAGCUACAGAGACCUAGGUAAUGUGUUUCAUUCGCUCGGGCGAUACGCCAGGGCUGAGGGGUAUCUCCAAAAAGCGCUUGACAUCAGCACUAAAAUUGGCGACAGAGGAGGAGAGGCGGCUAGCUGCGGAAACCUAGGUACUGUGUUUCGUUCGCUCGGGCAAUACGACAAGGCUGAGGAGUAUCUCCAAAAAGCGCUCGACAUCAGCACUAAAAUUGGCGACAGAGGAGGAGAGGCGGCUAGCUGCGGAAACCUAGGUACUGUGUUUCGUUCGCUCGGGCAAUACGUCAAGGCUGAGGAGUAUCUCAAAGAAGCGCUUAUCAUAAGAACUGAAAUUGGCGACAGAGGAGGAGAGGCGGCUAGCUACGGAGACCUAGGUACUGUGUUUCUUUCGCUCGGGCAAUACGUCAAGGCUGAGGAGUAUCUCAAAGAAGCGCUUAUCAUAAGAACUGAAAUUGGCGACAAAGGAGGAGAGGCGGCUAGCUGCGGAAACCUAGGUACUGUGUUUCGUUCGCUCGGGCAAUACGUCAAGGCUGAGGAGUAUCUCAAAGAAGCGCUUAUCAUAAGAACUGAAAUUGGCGACAGAGGAGGAGAGGCGGCUAGCUACGGAGACCUAGGUACUGUGUUUCUUUCGCUCGGGCAAUACGUCAAGGCUGAGGAGUAUCUCAAAGAAGCGCUUAUCAUAAGAACUGAAAUUGGCGACAAAGGAGGAGAGGCGGCUAGCUGCGGAAACCUAGGUACUGUGUUUCGUUCGCUCGGGCAAUACGUCAAGGCUGAGGAGUAUCUCAAAGAAGCGCUUAUCAUAAGAACUGAAAUUGGCGACAGAGGAGGAGAGGCGGCUAGCUACGGAGACCUAGGUACUGUGUUUCUUUCGCUCGGGCAAUACGUCAAGGCUGAGGAGUAUCUCAAAGAAGCGCUUAUCAUAAGAACUGAAAUUGGCGACAAAGGAGGAGAGGCGGCUAGCUACAGAGACCUAGGUAAUGUGUUUCAUUCGCUCGGGCGAUACGCCAGGGCUGAGAAGUAUCUCCAAAAAGCGCUUGACAUCAGCACUAAAAUUGGCGACAGAGGAGGAGAGGCGGCUAGCUGCGGAAACCUAGGUACUGUGUUUCAUUCGGUCGGGCAAUACGACAAGGCUAAGGAGUAUCUUCAAAAAGCGCUGGUUAUCAGAACUGAGAUUGGCGAUAAGGAAGGGGAAGCAGCAGACCUUAAAAACCUUGGAAUUGUGUCUAGAACUAUUGGAGAUUAUGAAUCUUCGGAAGUAUGCCUGGAGAAAGCUUUAUUCAUAUCCAGAGAUAUUGGACACAGAAGAAGAGCGUUCGAAAUUCUUCUAGAGUGCGCCAAUUUGUAUUUAUUGCAGAAGAAAAUCAAAGACUCCGUUUCGUGUCUUCAUCUGUGCAUUGAAAAGUAUGAGGAGCUGAGAUACUUCUUGGGCGCCAAUGAUGAGUUCAAAACAUCAUUUCUGGAGGACUCAGGAAUAUUUCCCUACAAGCUGCUUUGUACUUUGCUUUGUGACACCGGAAAAACUUGGGAUGCUCUUUAUGUUGAGGAGUUGGGUCGAGCUAGAAGCCUAUCAGACUUAAUGGCAGAGAAGUACUCGGUUGAAACGCACAUCUCUGCUAAUCCACAAUCUUGGUUUGGCAUUGAGUACAUUUUAAGAAAGAAAAAUAACUGUACUUGUCUGUACAUUUCUUAUUUUCAGAAUCGUCUGCAUUUGUGGAUCUUGAAAACAAGUGGAGUCCUUCACUAUAGAAGAGUAUCACCAGAAGAGAAUCUAGUUCAGGCUGGGUUACCCAAAGAUUUGACUUUGAGUCAAUUUUUGGAUGAUAAUUUCUGGAGUCUUGGUAUUUUGCCCACUAACGAUUGUGAAGAUCGGUCUUUAAAUACGAUUGAAUUGCAAGCUCUCUCCCCUACGCAAAAGAGCUCAGCAAGAUUGCGACUCGCGGAGGACGAGGACGAGGACGAGUACGAUAAAGUGAUUUCAAGUCUAUACUUGUGUUACAAAAUGUUCAUUGCCCCCGUUUAUGAUUUGCUUGUGGAGCCUGAAGUCAUUAUUGUUCCUGAACGCAAUUUGUACAAAGUUCCCUUCGCUGCCCUCAGUGAAAAGGAGGGAGCCGAAUACCUGUCGGAGACUCAUAGGAUCCGUAUCAUUCCUUCUUUGACGACACUCAGGAUUAUUCAAGAUAGUCCAGAGGACUAUCACAGCAACACUGGUGCCUUGAUAAUAGGAAAUCCCAAGGUUGAUUGGCUGCAGCCAUUGCCAGGUGCAAGAAAGGAAGCGGAGAGGGUCGGACGACUGGUGGGCGUUCCGCCUCUGUUGGAAGAGAAAGCAACGAAGCAGGCGGUACUUGAGCGGAUAAGUUCAGUGAGCCUGAUACAUUUUGCUGCCCAUGGUGACGCGUUAAGAGGAGAAAUUGCACUCUCCCCCAUUCCUUAUCCCAACAGUCAAAACGUUACGCCACCGAAGGAAGCUUACAUGUUGACGAUGGCUGAUGUCUCACGAGUGAAAGUCAGAGCUAAACUGGUGGUACUUAGCUGCUGUCACAGUGGAAGUGGAGAGAUAAGAGCCGAAGGAGUUAUAGGAAUUGCCCGUGCGUUCUUAGGAUCUGGUGCACGCUCGGUAUUGGUUGCACUGUGGGCCAUUCCAGACUCAGCAACAGAGAAGCUGAUGAGUCGGUUCUACGAACGCCUCAUUGAAGGAGAAAGUGCCAGUGAAUCCCUUCAUCAGGCCAUGAAGUGGAUGAGAAAAAACGGCUUGAACCAAAUUUCUGAGUGGGCUUCGUUUACGCUGAUUGGAGAUGAUGUGAGACUCGAGUUUGACAAGCAGAGGUAA